AUGCAAGCGGCCACCCGUGCGAUUUUCACCGACCACAACGGCGAGCCAUACAUUGGCACAGUCGACGAAAGCUACGAGCCUCUUCCAACUGAGGUUCUUGUCAAGGUCGAAUUCUCCGGAAUUAACCCUGCUGACCUCGGCCACGCGAGGGUAGGAUUCAACAAUACCGUCGCGGGGUACGACUUCUCGGGGAUCGUCAUCAAAGCAGGCACCGCCAAAGAGGGGCAGUUCCAACCCGGUGACCGCGUUCUUGGAUUUGCUGCGCCUGCCUUGGAUAAGCCAAACCAGUAUGGUGUGCACCAGGAACUCCAUUGCGCCAGACAUUUUGUCUACCACGUUCCCCCUUCGAUGCCCAUGGAAGAUGCCGCUUGCCUCAUGGUUGUGACCCAUACCGCUGCUGAUGCUCUCUUCAAUCAACUCCAGCUUUCUUUUGAAGAUGAGUCUCAGCCUCUAUUGGUUUGGGGUGGCUCAAGUGCUGUUGGGAGUGCUAUCAUCCAACUCGCCAAAAAGGCAGGAUGUUACCCAAUCCUCACCACUGCAUCCCCUAAGAAUCAUGCGAAACUCUUAGAAAUUGGUGCAACGGAAUGUUUUGAUUAUAAUGAUCCCAAGGUUGUGCAAAAAAUUCUAUCUGCUCUCACAAGAUACACUACCAAGCCGUUGAAGCGAGUGGUGGAUUCGGUUGUCUCACGCGGACAGCCUUCAUCGACCAGUCUUUGCGAGGCUUGUGUCAAUGAUUCAACCGAUGCUUUAUUCACUUCUCCAAUUCCUGCUGCGAGUGAUGCGAAGAAUCAUUGGAGCCGUACCUUUGCCUGCAGGAAUGUUGACGUCGACUUCAAACUUCCGAACGGAAUCGUGCUCAAGCACACUCCUAAUCAGCCUAUGCAAGACAAAAUCGACCAAGCUACCAGCUGGGCUAUUUCAAACUAUGGACAGGGUUACCGUAUGCCAAAUGUUGUGGUGGUGAAAGGCGGGGAAGAGGGAAUACGUGCCAUGCUUGAUGUUUCCGCAGGAAAGGUCAGCAUGCAGAAGUUUGUGAUUGAGCAUCCUAUCUGA